CUGUCAGCAUCCACACACAACAGUGCGCUGUCUCUGUUCCAGGGGAGAAUAUCAGCUCUGUGCAGGGAGGAGAGGAUUAGCUCAGCCACUCAUCUCAUCUGCAUUUACGUUCCUAGGGAAGCACAUGAGCAUCCAAGGCUGCACCCCUUUUGUAUAAAACCUGGCACUCCAAUCAUAGAGGCUGCACUUGAUCUGCUGUCUUGACUGUGUGAAGUUUCAAAGACUACAGUAUUUUUUUUUCUCUUAUUUCUAGGUGUUUUGCAUACUUUUCCAUCAUACUCUGAAAGGACUUUUAUGUUGGAGAUGUGCUUCUUUAACUGGGAAAAUGCAAGUCAUAUUGUUUGACAGUCACUUCUUUUAAAAAUAAUCAAGGAGACUAUCCUCAGUUUUUGGGACUUUUUUAACUCUUAUCUUUUUUUCCGUUUUGGGGAGUGAAGCUUCAAAAUGCCAUCUCGAGAGUCCUACAAUGUACAAAAGAAAGACAAGCCUCUGGUGCAAAAGGCCAAGAGAGAGGCCAAUCAGGAGGACAUUCUGGCGGCGGCUCUGGGAAUGAGGAUGGGGCCACAAAAACCUCCAGCCACUUUUUGGCAACCACUUAAACUGUUAGCCUACUCUCAGCUCACCUCACUGGUUCGCAGAGCCUCGCUGAAGGAGGUUGUCCAGACGCCCAGGUCUGAAAAAGUCCACAACUUUAAGGUCCACACCUUCCGGGGGCCUCACUGGUGCGAACACUGUGCCAGAUUUAUGUGGGGGCUGAUGGCUCAGGGGGUCAAAUGUGCAGACUGUGGUAUGAAUGUUCACAAAGAGUGCUCGGCUCAGGUGCCCAACGACUGCAAGCCUGACCUGAGACACGUCCGUAAGGUUUACAGCUGUGACCUCACGACCCUGGUGAAGGCCUACAACACAGCCCGACCCAUGGUGGUGGACAUGUGCAUACGGGAAAUCGAGUCCAGAGGACUGAAGUCAGAGGGCCUCUACAGAAUAUCCGGAUUCAGCGAUUCGGUGGAAGAAGUCAAGUCGGGAUUUGAUAAAGAUGGUGAGAAGACAGACAUCUCAGUGAACGCCUAUGAAGACAUCAAUAUCAUCACGAGCGCACUGAAGCUGUACCUCAGGGAUUUGCCAGUUCCUGUGAUCUCCUACGAUGCUUACCCCAGGUUCAUCGAGGCCACAAAGUCAACAGAUCCUGAGAAGAAGCUGGAAGCUUUCCGGGAGGCUCUCGCUCUGCUGCCGCCAUCACACAAGGAAACUCUCAAGUACCUCAUGGCUCAUUUAAAAAGGGUAACACAAAAUGAGAAAUUCAAUCUGAUGAGUGCGGAGAACCUCGGAAUUGUCUUCGGGCCCACCCUCAUGCGUGCGCCCAACCAGGACGCCAUGACAGCACUGAACGACAUCCGCUACCAGAGGCAGGUGGUGGAGGUGCUCAUCAAAAACGAAGAUGUGCUCUUUUAAGCUCUGAUCAAAACUGUUUUUCUGUUUUCCAGCUGUUCCCUAUGUGAAUACUUUUUGUAUUAUAAUGAUGGAUACUUCUUUUAAUGCCUUCUAUAUGGACUAGCAUCUGUUCUCGGUGCACAUGAUGCACCUUACACCUAUUUACCCACUCCCCAUUUUUGUCGGGGGGGGUUUUAGAAGCUGAUAGGCCCGCAUGCAUGGUGCAAGGUCUCUUUUAAUUUGUCGUUGUACCUUAGCUCGUGUUAAGAUUGUGAUUUUGCAUUAGUCUGUCCUGUAGGUUGUAGUUGUCAUCCACAUUCCUUUCUUGCUGGUUCUGCAUUUACUUCUGUGAAACUUUGUACAUCAAGAUGGAAAUAAGCUACUAAAUUUUCUUAGCUGAUUUUUAUGAUGCUGUAUUUUUUUACCUCCUUGAUCGUUUUUAAGUGACCCACAGUUUUUGGUUGAAUCGACUUUCUGUAUGUAAACGCUGCCGCAUUUGCCUGAUGGUAACAUUUUUAUUGUGCUAUAAAACGGCAAUAUUUGUGAAAUUAAUUUUGUACUGUAUUGUUUUUUUGUAUACAACCUGUGCAUGAUCACUUUAAUUUAUUAAACCCUACUUUGACAAACUCUUUAUGAAUUAUUGCCUUAAUAAA